UUCGUCGGUAAUUUUAAUUAAUUGAAAAAUAUGACAUUUUCGGUGGUUGAGCUUAAUGAUGGAGUUGUUCUCAUUCCAACAAAAUGGAUUUGCGAUAAAAAUGGAGAAUAUUGUUACUACCCUCUAAAAACUGAUUUACAAAAAGUCAACGAACUUGUGAAAAAAUUAGUUAAUCCAGGAGAGAAUUGGGAAAAAUAUGAAAUUGUGAAACUCUUGAAAACAACAGAUUUAUUCGGAAAAGCAAAGGAAAAAUUGUUGGAUUCUGUGAUAUUAUCAGAGGUUGACAGUGAUAAGGCAGAAAAUUUUGAUAAAAAAUUUUAAAAAUCUAGACAAGAGAGAGCUAAAAGAUCUUUUUCAGACUAUGAAGAGAAGUCUUGCAAGUCCACUGUUAAAAAGGGUUCAAAAGCGAAGCCAAAAAUAAUAGAAAAUAUAAAACUGGAAUCAAAAAAACAGAUACCUGUACCUCCUACUUUUAAACGUUCACGACUUGAUAUACAAGAAUUGGAAGCUUCACCCGACUCCAAGAAUAAUGAUGUAAGCGAUUUUGCGGAAGAAUCUCGAGAAACGGAACAAGAUAAUAACAGAACAUUUUUGCAAAGCGGCAUUAGCCAGGUGCCAAGAAUUGAUAUCCCAUUACCUUGUACCUCAAAAGAAAAACAAUUUGGAGGAAACAAUACAAACUCAUCUUUAAAAUCUAAUAUUUCCUUAUCUUCUCAAUCCAACUCAUUCGAACGAGAUCGCCCAAAAAUUAUGGAAAAAGAACCACACGAAAUUAAGUCGAAAAACAAAAAUCGUUUAGCUAGUAUGGCCUACCAAGAUAAAAAUUCUGGUCUUACUUUUAAAGAACUAUCAUUGUCAAAACUAAAUGAAAUUAUAUUAUUGUUAAGAAAUCUAAAUUUGACAUUAACGCGUGCUAACGAAGCAGUAGAUGGACCAGUUUCAUUUUUUGAUUCAGAAGAUUGUCCAGAUUUGCCUAUUACAUCACAAGAAGAAUUCGAAAAAUUGAAUGAUAAACUGACCAAAAAAUCAUUCAAUAAGAAAAUGAUCCAAGCUCUCGGUUCUAUUGGCGGAAGAGAUUUGAAUAACAUUCUUAGCAAUAUUUGCAGUCGUCUUUUUUCAAAUCAAUUGGCUGUUCUUUAUAGUUGGUCAGGACGAAAAAAACCAAAGCUCUCUCUAACAGACACAAAUUUUGUCAAUUUAAUUUUCAGUAGCGUGCAAGCUCAUGAUUCCAAAUAUUCAGAAGAUAAUAUAAAUGUAGCAGGUUCAAAGUGGUUUGCUCAAGCAAAGACGAGAUUGGACAGAGGAGGAGCAAAGCAAAAAGAAGAUGAAAGCGAGGACGAUGGAAAUGAAAAUGAUGGCGAUGAAAAUGGUCAUGACGAGAAUCGAGCUGAUGCUGACGAUGAAGAAAAUUGACUCAAUGAAUUACUCAAUUUGAAUUUAAUAUUUUUUUAAUAUUGA